UUAUCGUACAUUCGUACACCUGCGUUGCAUUGUGGUGACCGUUCACAAGCCCUUGUUUCUAUUUUUCGCAAGUAUUUAUUGUGAUCAGUUGUAGAGUUGGCUAAGUGGUUAAAAUAUCCAUUUUACUUGUAUCUAUUGUAAUUUAUAUUAUUAAUAUAUCUUAUUAAGGUAUUAUGUCUUUAAAAAAUAAGUCCACUUUCACCAAGGAAGAAGAGUUGCUUCUCCAAGAUUUUAGCCGCAAUGUUUCAACCAAAUCAUCAGCGUUGUUUUAUGGAAACGCAUUCAUUGUUUCGGCAAUUCCAAUUUGGCUCUUCUGGAGAAUACACAUGAUUGACUUGUACCCUUCCAUCAUUCCAUUCAUUGUAGUGACUCUCGGCAGUGCUUACCUGGUAGCUCUGGCCUACAAGAACACAAAGUUCGUACUUAAACACAAGGUUGCUGUCAAAAGAGAAGAAGCGGUAACACGUGAAGUUUCUAAGAAGCUCGCUGAAGACAAGAAAAUGAGCAAGAAGGAAAAAGACGAGAGGAUUUUGUGGAAGAAAAACGAAGUGGCUGAUUAUGAAGCGACAACUUUCUCCAUCUUCUACAACAACGCUCUGUUCCUUGCUCUCGUCAUCUUCAGCAGCUUUUACGUCCUGAAGAGCUUCACUCCAGUCGUUAACUACACCUUGUCCGUUGGGCUGGCUGGUGGAUUACUCGCACUUCUAUCCACAGGAACCAAAUAAGAGAGCAUCAUUUCGUCAUUCUCAUCAUCUUCAUCUCAUUUUUUUAUACAAGUUGAAUGUGUUAUUUAUUGUCAUUGGAAUAAAUACUAAAAUGAU